AUGUUGAUUGCUACUAAUGCAAGCCUUGUAAUUAAUCACUACCUUAAUUCAGAGUGGAUGAUGCAGCACAUUAACAGAAAGCUUUCAGCUCCUUGGAGUGACCCAUUGUUGCUUUGCUUCUCGUGCUUUACAAAGCGAAUUUUUAUUUUUAUAUUGUUUUCCUCUAUCACUUAUUCCUGCCCCGCGGCCAGAGCGCAGGCGCCGCCGCCGGGCCGGCAUUGGCGGGCCCGCCCCCCCCGCGCCGUACCCAGGAGGCCGCGCGGCGCCGAGGUCAAGAUGGCGGCGAGGGCGCCUGUUGCAGGAGGUGGUCGCCUGUUUGAGAGGCUUUGCAAGUGGUACUAUAAUGCAGCUGGGUUCAACAAAUAUGGGUUAAUGCGGGAUGAUACAUUGUAUGAGGAUGAUGAUGUGAAGGAAGCACUGAAGAGACUUCCAGAGCAGCUGUACAACGAGAGAAUGUUCCGCAUAAAGCGAGCGCUGGACCUAAGCUUGAAACAUCAGAUCCUUCCCAAAGACCAGUGGGUGAAGUAUGAAGAGGAUCACCGUUAUCUUGAACCAUACCUAAAAGAAGUAAUCCGUGAAAGACAAGAAAGGGAAGCAUGGAACAAGAAGUAACUAUUGAACCACUUCAUGCAAAUAUCCAGAUAUUUCUGAUAUUUUAAACAUUAGGUUGUAGAAGUCCAUAGGGAGGCAGUUGUGGGGCUGAGGAAUACUGUUUCAGCUUGUUCAUUGAGUCUGAUUAUCCAACUAAAAUAAACAUGUCAAACUAUAAAAA